AUGAAUAAACAACCUAAACUUGACGUAAAACUAGUUUCUAUUGGCCAAAUAGUGCCCCGAUUGCAUUAUGGAGUGAACUCAAGAGAAUGGUGGAUUAUGAGAGGCGACAGCAAACUAGAAGAAGGCGUAUUUCUUUAUCCUAUUCGUGUAGGCUGGGAAACUGUUAUAGAACAAAAUAAUAGAUACUUUUUUAUGCAUAUAACAGAGGGAAAUGAAAAUAGUGAGAUACUGCCAGGAUAUAGGUGCCAGUCUGGCAGUAAAUUUAGUGAUGUUGAAACAGCGCCAAGUUAUGUGAUAACGAGUUUAUACCAGCGAAUUUUUUCUAAUUCAAAGACGAAAUUUUCUGGACCACUAGUUUUAGGUUGGGUCAAUAAUGAAUUAUUGGAAGCUUCACUGGAAAAUAUUCCUUUUCGGGCAUUUGCUGUUAAGGUUGAUGAUAUUAUGAUUUAUAUUACAAAUAUUAGCAUUUGUGGACAAAAAAAAACAAUAAAAAAUUAUAUUGCAUCAUUUACUGGUGAAUACAAGAGAAAACGAGCUCUAUAUGUUCAAAAAAUUCAACCUGACAAUUGUGAAAUUUCAAUACAUCAAAAGGAUCAUGAGACAAUAUUUUUUUUUGGUUCUACUCCAACAGAAGCGUGGCAAAAUGUAGGAUAUUAUAAAAAAUAUCGUGGAACACAAUUGUUUGGCUUAGAGCAUCCAAUGACACGAAAUACUAUCAAUGAACAACGAAUUCCUACAUGUUUACCUAUGUUUUGGGAUAAUGAGUGCUUAUGA